GCCAUAUCACGUGUAAUGAAUAUUUUCUCCCCUUCCAGACCCAGGUAAAAGUGAGAAGGCCCCCCCAAUUGUAAUUCGUAUCUAAAAUUAAACCUCAGUCAACAAAAUCCUAAAGAAAACUUUGGCAGUACGAAACAGAGAACAAAAGCAACGACGACAUUAUUGAGAAAGCCAGAAUUGAAUCCAAUCGGAGAAGAUGAGAAUCACUGUCAUGACCCCCGAUGAACAGAUCAUCAACAUAGAUAUCGACCGCGACGAAUCUGUUGAGAACUUGAAAGCUCUGCUCGAGGUCGAGACACAAGUGGAGCUGCAGAAACAGCAGCUGUUGUAUAAUGGGAAGGAGAUGAGGAAUACUGAGAGACUGAGUGCUCUUGGUGUUAACGAAGGAGAUUUGGUGAUGAUGGUUUCACUUUCUUCUUCUAGUGGUUCUAUCAAUGAGUUGAGCUUCAAUCCCGAUGGAUCGGCAGUGAACCCUGCAGCCUUCCAGCAGCACGUCCGAAAUGAUUCUAAUUUGAUGGCGCAACUGUUUCAGAGUGAUCCUGAAUUAGCACAAGUUGUUCUCGGAAAUGAUCUCAAUAAGUUGCAAGCCAUUUUACGGGAGCGUCAUCGCCAGAAAUCUGAAUUACGGCGGCAACAAGAAGAGGAGCUAGCACUCCUUUAUGCUGAUCCAUUUGAUGUGGAAGCACAGAAGAAGAUUGAAGCUGCAAUCCGCCAGAAAGGUAUUGAUGAGAAUUGGGCAGCUGCACUAGAGCACAACCCUGAAGCUUUUGCAAGGGUGGUCAUGUUGUAUGUUGAUAUGGAAGUCAAUGGUGUCCCUUUGAAGGCAUUUGUCGAUAGUGGAGCUCAGUCAACAAUAAUAUCUAAAAGCUGUGCUGAGCGUUGUGGAUUAUUGAGACUUUUAGAUCAGCGUUAUAAGGGCAUUGCUCAUGGAGUCGGUCAAUCAGAGAUAUUAGGCCGGAUACAUGUUGCUCCGAUCAAGAUUGGAAAUCAGUUUUACCCUUGUUCCUUCUUGGUGCUGGAUUCUCCCAAUAUGGAAUUCCUGUUUGGUCUGGAUAUGCUGCGCAAGCACCAGUGCAUAAUUGAUUUGAAGGAGAAUGUUUUGAGAGUUGCUGGAGGAGAGGUGUCAGCACCAUUUUUGCCAGAAAAAGACAUUCCAUCUCAUUUUAUGGAUGAGGAGAGGUUAUCCAAGGAAGCUUCAAGCUCAGGAGCCCAAGCUACAUCUGGAGCAAAAGAGAACAGUAAUAUACUCUCUGGGGAUCACUCUUCUGGAACUGGCCGUGGUGGCUUGGCACAGAAUCGUGAUUUUGAAGCCAAAGUCACAAAGCUUGUUGAGCUAGGGUUUGGAAGAGAAGCUGUUAUACAAGCUCUAAAAUUUUUUGAAGGUAAUGAAGAACAGGCAGCUGGGUAUCUUUUUGGGGGCUGAAGAUGUAUUUAAUUUCGUAAAAACUACCAUAGAUUGUGAAUUUGACAUUUUUUUUCAACUUAAUUUGUGUACCACAUUACAUUCAUUUGGUUGACCAAUGCCAGCACAAGGACUGUACACUUUACCUGGGAUAUAAUUAGCUUGAAGAUAUUGGACACGUGUUUUGAGUGUU